CCAGUCAGUUCAGUUGAGGUGCGUUUUUCUGCGGGGCAAGUCGGACCCGUGGAGUCCCGAGUUUGUGUUUCGCCGAGGAUUCUCAGCUGCCUUCCUGCUACCUUUAGCAUCUAAAGAAUACAAACCGCUUUUUUAACUGUCUGUCUGUCUAUCUGACUGACUGACUGACUGACUGAAGUCUGGCUCGGUACUGAUCUAGACGGAUUUGUUUGAUGGUGCAUGAAUGGAUGGAUUCCUUCUGCAGUUCCAAAUCUCAAGUGACUUACGCUAGUUAGAUUGGUUAGACAAUCUGCACCCGUUUCGAGAGCUGCCAACUGAUUUCGUGCGUCAAUCAAAUUGAAGUGGACUUUUAGUUUUACCUUCUGUGUGAUAUAUUUUUCGUUGGUCAGUUAUCCCACUUGCCGUGAAUUGUUACGAAGGUAUCCAACUACAUACAUAUGCAAGUGAUCUAAUCAUUCGAACGAAGCAAAAAUAAGGGAACGAACCUCACCGGAGCAGCUCGAGUGCCAUCGAUCGGCAGAACUUGGACCCCGACUGGAUAAAGUGUUCGAGAAGAGAAAGGUGAUUUUUCAUCCCAUCUCAUCUUCUUUUCCUCCCCGUUCAAGUAUAAUCAGAGGAAAUUGAAUCAGUUGCAUCUACGGACGUAGAGAUAUCGGAAGCAAGAAAAAUGUUUCGAGAGUGUUUAGGCCACGGGUGGUAGCAAAAAAAAUAUCGAAUUAAAUCCAAUCAAGUAAAAAACAGCGAGUGUGGGAAGCACUAGAGAAGGAAAGAGAAAGAAAGUUUUCGUGUGAGUGUGUGUGUGUAUGCCCCCAGCUAGGGUCAUAUCAAUCCGGUAAUCAUAGCCAUGUGUGGAACAUCGUGAAAGUGAUUGUGCCAAGAGCUUUUCAAGUGGAAAACUUCGACUAAUUGAUGCAACAACUUGUGGCUUGGAAACACCGAUUGGCUAAAUUUGUGUACCAGUUUUAGUUGCGGUGAAUCACAAGCGGUCCCACUUUGCCGACACAUGUAUUCUAAGUGGAUUCCAUCACCAGGAACAUCGCACGCUAAAAGCCUUCCGAUUCCUUGCGACAGUCUCGCGUGGGAGUAAUUUUUAUACACCGAAGCUAGCGAAAACAGCGCCCGGUGCGGCCCCGUUCCGACCACGACGACGUGUAAUGGUUGGAAAAUUAACCGUCAAAGUGAAUGCAGCAGUGUGAGCGCAAGCAGGCGAGAGAAAAAAUUCGGAAUUCCGAGAAAAUUUACUACAGCCGUGAAAAUACCGCUCGGCCCGGAGAUCCGGUCGGGGGGCGAAAAGUGAACCGAAAGUACCGGUAUGAAUGGUUAUUCGAUUGGCACUAUAGCGUGAAUGUCGACUAUUUACCACCGGCAGCUGUACCGAGUAAAUAAUUGUAGAAUUCAGUGAAGAACUUGAACGUGAUAAGCGUACUAAAGCGGCAGUGUUCUGGUUUCCGUUUAACGCUCAAAUCGCAAUCGGUUGGUGGUCAGUUUCAGCGGAAUUAGUUUUUUUCCCCCGGGCAAUUGUUACACUUGAUGCGUAUAAAUUGUGUACGUCGACCAUAAAAUAGUGUAAAGCCACGUGUUCAGACCUCCGAGGGAGCAGCGCGUGGGCUCGUAAAUCAUUGUGUUUUUUUGUAUGCAGUGAACAAACGAAUCGGCGGUGGAUAUUUUUUUUAUUUUUUCGCGGAGGCGAUCCAUUUGGCGCCAUCUCGUUGUUUCGAGACAGGAAUAAAUCGUACAAUUAUUGACUUCGGAACAUCGUAAACAAUGCUCGGUAUCGCACUGGCAAGGAUGACGAAGCAUUCAACAAGUUGGUUGAAUUCUACAGCGGAUUGAAUGGAACGAUGUUCAACAUAGCACACUCCUGUCACAUCGCAAGCAAUACGAACCGGUGAUGAGUCAUUCUUGCCAUCAACACCAUCACCGAGAAAAUCGCUAUCACUGCAUUGGAUCUAGGCCAAAGAGUAAAAAAUGGCCUAAGCAUCAGUUAUGGCUGCUAUACGCCGGGUUGCUGCAGCUGGCAUGUCAGCUUUCCUUCGGGCAUGCCCUCCAGCAGCAGCAACAGGUCUCUCGAAUGGAAUCUGCAGAUCUGGAAUCAUCUACGUCCGUUUCAGCUACUCUUCCACCCUGCGAACCUAGAGCUUUGGAGGAGGUCCCACCCGACCCGUACUACGAUGUGUCAGAUAUUACCAUCACAGCUGCCAAAUCGUUUGCUGAUUUCCUUGCCAGCAACAAAAUUGACACCAGCAAAGACGAUCGGAAGUUGAGCAUUGCCCGGGAGAAAGCCAACGAACUUGCCAGUAUUGUGCUCAAGGAAGACGAAGGUCUGCUGGCAGUAGGCAUCGCUUCUCCCCGGUUACCGUUGGCAGUGGUGCAGUUUCGUGACAAAAUCGACGCCGGCCAUGUCAAUUUGGCGGAAAGUAAAAGCUUCCUGUCGACCUACUGGCGGGAGCUUGGGGUGGCCUGGAAUCAAAGCAACGGAGCACAGUUCUGGGGGGCACCAUUCCGGGACUGUGGUCCCCUAUACGGUCGGUGGCUGUGGCCUUUCAGCGUGACGGUGGAAUCACAAGGAUACAAAAUCGUGGCCUCGGCAUUCAUAGCGGCUGACGUCGACCAAUGCAACGACGCUCUGGAAACGAUUUUCGGACGGCGGCAUUCCUGCGACCGGGAUUCCACAUUCUGUCUCAUGUCGACGGAGGGCACGAGUUCCGGUGCCCGUGGAAAGUACACCUGCGUGUGCCGGGACGGGUUCUACAUCCCGAACGAGUCCUUCCAGGGAUUCACCUCGGACAAGAAUGAUGCGAAUUUGACGAAUUACAGCUGCAUUCCAUGCCCGAGCGCGUGCGAGUGCAAUUCUGCCGGCAGUUGCAACCGCCCAGACGAGGACUUCAGCACGGAAACGCUGAUGAAGGCCACCAUUGGUGCUAUUUUGGGAGCGUGUAUGCUUUGUUGUUUAGUGUUAGCGUUAAUUGUGUUCCGUCAACGAAAAUGCAAGACUAUUGCAACGGGGAUGUGGACCAUUUUAGAGACAAUUUUAUUCGGAAUUUUACUACUAUAUCUAGCGGUUGCCCUUCACUUUCUGCAAGCGUCCACUUUGCGCUGCCUGCUGGAGCCCUGGUGCCGCGAACUAGGCUUCAUCAUCUGUUACGGUGCAAUCGUGCUCAAACUAUACCGCCAUCUGGUGGAAUUUCGCACCAGAAAAGCUCAUCGAUGGGUUGUGAGAGAUUUAGAUCUUCUGCGCUAUCUGUGCGCGAUGAUCGUUGCGGUGCUGUGCUACCUGGCCGCCUUCACCGCCACCAGCAUGGACUUCCUGCGGUACAGCGAGUUGGUGUGGAAGGUGGAAAACACCGACGAUCAAGUCACGUCCAACAUGUGCCGACCACUGAAGUGGGACUAUGUGACCGAAGCUGGCGAGUUACUCAUACUAUGCUUCGGACUUCAGCUGGCCAUCGCCAGCCGUAACGCAAACACACAGUUCAGAGAACGCCAAUUUCUGGUCGCAUCUAUAUUGAUUGAAUUUCUAGUAUCGUCUACAUUCUACAUCCUUCGGUUCUGGUACCUGGAGGAGUUCAACCCGUCUACACUAUUCCUAGCACUUUUCGUACGGUCUCAACUGACAAACACUGUUACGCUCGGGCUGAUAUUUCUACCCAAGCUGUGGUAUCAGCAUAAGCAGGUUCGUUCCCUUGCCCACGAUGUAUCAUUCCGCUUACCUGUGGAUGCUUUCAAGGGUUCACACGACACUUCCCACCACGGCGGCGGUCUCGGUACGUACGCUGGUAUCUGCGUUGGCGAUCCGGAAGUGGGCGACGUCACCAUCUCCGAGAUGAGCCCGGAGGACAUCCGUGCUGAACUAAAAAGACUGUACACACAACUAGAAUACCUAAAGAAUAAAACACUACGGCAGGACAAUCCUCACAUCAGCAAGCGACGGGGAGGCCGCAAGGUGGCACAUCGUAGAUUCUCGUUACAGAAAAAAGGAAGCAGAGAAAAGGCACUAAGCGCCAAACAUCGCAGCAAUCGUCCAGCGGUCAGCGAAGUGGAAGUGACCGAAGCGGAACCGUCCCGAACACCGGAAGAUUCGGUGUGCAGCGUCGAGGGCCCCACCGAUACUGGUGCGGAAAUUUCGGGCGUCUCGUACUCGAAAUAGCCGUCAACCACCACCGGCAGUGUCAAACACACCGACAACAACAAUCACAGCAAACACAGCUAUUUAUACCACCGGCAACCACAGCAGCCGGGAAAAUCCCGCUACCGAGAGUACAACUUUUAACUAACUAUAGGUAUUAUCAUCAUUCCCAGGAAAAGCGAAAAAACAUUGUCCGGGGUCCAGACGUUCAAGUUCUGCUAGGAACUGAACACAUAAAUGCACCUCUACCAUUUAAGCUAGCUGAACAACCAGACCCCACACGUCCGGCACACUGCUAGGUGGUUCUGCGAACAGGAUCGCAGUAGGCAUUGAUGUAUCGUGUAUCGUUUCGCAGUAAGGAUUCAUUAUUCAUUUGUGUAUUCGCUUGUACUUGUAUUUGACGCCGAACGCCGGUAAAAGCCUGCAAAGUUUUACCGAUGAAAGAUACCAAACAACGGUGUACUUUUUGAACAAAUCGUUCUGAUUGAGAGUUAGGAAGAAAGGAAUGAGAAUAAUCUCAUGCCGGUGAAGUGUUUGCAUUCAUCCUGAAGGCGAGAGGAAAAUGUCAGAUGGUGUUUCAUAUUGCUUGGAUAACUGAAUUUGGUUGUUGAAUUAUUAUGCAACUGAGUGAUCAUGAUUGACUGUCUGCAUGAUAUCCUUAAUAUCAUGAACGAGAUCACGUCGAAUUGUCAAAAGAACACCACUAGCAGCACGGAUAAUGGCAUUGAACGCAUUCAUUUAUGAAUGUCACUUUGCCAGUGACAAUUAACAAUCGUUAUAAUUUUGAAUUGUUCAACAAAUACAGGCGUUCGAAAAUGAAUAAAUGCGAAAAUAUAAUUAUUUAUUGAGUUAAUAUUAUUGAUCUGUUUUAAUGAGAACAUAUAAGAUGUGAAGAUGGUACUACAAGAUGCCACCAUUACUGAACUUGUGACAUGUGUUGUUUCUUAAUCGACAACUAUCAGUGAUUUGUUUACAUUAUCAAAUACACGUGUUAAAAUUAGAAUGAUCAUGAAAACCAACUGCUGAAUAGCUAUGCAAUGACGUUCUAAUCAAAUCUAAUCUAAAUCUAAUUUUCAACGCACAUGUCAACCUUUAAACACAUGCAUGACGCCUUAGUGCAGCAAAACCUGAGUGUCGUCAAAAAAUGUAUUUAGACAGUAUGAAAACCCCACAAUUCCACCAAUACUUUCGUUCUCCUCCCCCCAAAACGAUGCUCUUGAUAUGAGUGUGUAUUAUAAAAGUUACUUUUUUUCGGUGUGUUGUCGCCAUGUAAAAACUUAUCAAGUUUAAUGUACUUUCGAUUCAAAACUCUAACACGUGGUACACGCGCAUCGUAUAGGGUGGAAAACGAAGGUUUCGCCACUUGUGCAGUCAUACCAGAGUGCUCCUGCUUGUGUUAGGUGUCUGAAUUGUCUGUGACGUCGCUACCUCCCACAAACUUCCGGAAGUAUUUCAUCCAACAGAUUGAACGUUUGAUAAAAGUUUGCCCGAUAAAGGAAAUUUUAAAUAUCUUUCAAGGUGGUGUGGUGUUCCUAGUUCCAUGGAACACGAGAAAGUUUUCUUCUACAUCGUUGUGGAAGUUAUGGUUGAUCUAACGUUGUAUUUCACUACUAGAGGCGUGAGUGUGCUUGGAUGAUGAUGGCAAGCUUAUCUGUCAAAAUGCAAGGGAAAACAAAUUUCCUCUUGUAAAACCGUUUAUAAAUCAUUUACAGUUUUGUUUGCUCAGGCAAAAAGUUAAUUUUCGUGUUAGAAAAAUCGUUGUUCACCUCUGUUAUUUAGACAAUACCCAAGAUUUUAGUUGAAACAGUGAAAAUUUUCAGUUCCGAUUUUAACAUGUGAGAAAGUAUAAUAUUGGCCGUUUUGAAAUGAUUUUAAUCGUUGCGUACAUUACGAAAUAUCACCUAAAGGAUCGUACAGAUGCACAAACCUAAUCAAAUUUACAAUAUUAUGAUGGGAAAAAGCGUCGAUGAAAAAGAUGGGAAAUUACUAUUAUAAUUUACUCUCAGCGAGUGCUGAGUCAUUCGAAAUUACUCUUCAAAGUGAAUGUUGAUGGAUGGUUUAUUGGCCGUUCUCAAAAAAAAAAAGGCGUGAUGUGUUCUUCGAUAGUUGUUCAAGCUUGUUUGUAAACAGUACCGCUGAACAGGGAUGCCAGGUCAUUUUUUCAAAAAUCUGUGAUCAAACCCAAAACCUGUCUGUGAAAAUCUGUGACCGUUUUCCGUACCCCAAUAGCAGUUCAAAAUCAAUUUGGUGAAUAAAAAAAAAGGUCUCACUACCCGUUUUGCGUACCAUUAUAGCAGAUCGAAUUCAAUUUAGUGAGCAAAAAAAGGUCUCACUACCGACACGCUCUGUACCAUUUUCCUCAACCGCUCUGUACUUUUUGGUGCUAAACUGUGCUCAAUUUCCAAAAUCUGUGAAAAUCUGUGAUUUAUUCAAGAAUCUGUGAAAAUCUGUGAUCAUUUUCAGAAAUCUGUGAAAAUCUGUGCAGAGAAUUCAAAAUCUGUGAAACACAGAUUAAUCUGUGAACCUGACAUCCCUGCCGCUGAACUGUCAAGGAUGCAGAGAUGCCAGGUAAAAAUUUCGAAUGUCUGCAGACUUGGUGGAAAAAGUCUGUAAAUCCGAAAAAUAAUCUUCAGUCAGCAAGCAUGUCUUGCUGGUAGCAGUUUCUCCAUAAAGUAUGAUACGCAAAACUGACUUGGCGAGCAAAAAAAAAAUUGGGGAAAUUUCAAAAGUCUGUAAAUUUUGCCCAAAUUCUGCAAAACUCUCGAUUUUCAAAAGUCUGCACAACAAAAAAUGUCAGCAGCACUACACACGAAAUCUGCAGAUUUACAGACAAAUCUGCAGAUCUGGUAACUCUGCAAGGAUGAAUGCUUCUUCAUUCAUGACGUCACGGUAAAAAAUCUAUUAGCGGACCUUACACUAUCAUUAAAAGUGUCAUUACUAAAAAAUAAUGUCAUUUUUAUGAACGUGUGAUGGUGCAGUAAUGACGAGAUUUCUAUCAAAUUUGAAAUACAUCAUUACUUAGACAUCAUUAAAAAUGACAAUAAUAAUGCUCGUGUAAGGGCCGCUAUUGAGAAAAGAUUCAAAAGAACUCAAGAUUAGGUAAAAAGUAGUUAAAUAAUAGGUAGUUUUUAUUUUCCGUGUACAGACAUUCAGAGCAGAGUCCUUUCAGGUCAAGGCUCGAACAUACAAAAUGCGUCACAUAGACAGGACCUAUUAAAAUGUGUAAUGGAAAGUUAAAAAGAUUUAUUUAGACACACAAAAAGUGUGCCUUUUUUGGUCAUUUUAGCAUUGUAUUUCGACAACAUUUCGGGCAUAUUAGCAGCAAUAUCCGCUGUGAUAUUUCGUUUUGAUUCUUCAAUAGUCUUCGAUUUGCUGGCAUCAGGGGUGCCCGUUAAAAAUUUCAGAUAUAAUAUUCAAGCAAGAUUGAAAAAGUCUGUAAACUCGGAAAAAAAGUCUGCGGACUCAAGUUCACUAUAAAGAAUGUUGAACGGAAUUGGUUGAGCGAGCAAAAAAACGAUUGCGUUAAUUUUAAAAGGCUGUACAUUUUGGCGAAUCUCUACGAGAAACAUGAUUAUCAAGUCUGCAACAAAAAAUGUUUGCAGCUUAGAGCUUAAAAUUGUCACACAUUAUCAAUGAAAGAAUCCAAUCCAAUAGCCUCAUUUUCAAUAUUUUACUGUCUCAUUCGUAAACGACCGACACCAGAACAAACGAAGAGAGACGAAGCAUUCUCGUUUCUCAUUGAAAAAAGAGAGUAUAAUUGCCAACGUCACUCUUUCUUCUAUGACAAGACAAAACCAAACGCAUCCGCAGAAUUUCAAUACUCAUUUUUUCAUCGAUGUAUUGAAAAUCUGUGGAAUUUAUUCGAUGUUUACGAUUGAGUACUUUUUACCACCAUUUAUUUUUUUACACCAGAACUUGAAUACUGGACGAUUAGGAACUGGAACUGAAUUAAAGAACUAAAAUUCAAAGCUGCCUACGAUUUAUGUUGCAAAAUUCCAGUUCGUAAACCAGAUCAGUUCAUGUGUUUAGCUCUAGAAGUCUGAUUCCAAAUCCUGAUCUCAGAGGAGCAGAAUAUAGGUUCUGAGCCGUCAUCCGAGUGCUAAAAAGGCAAACAAGCGUGAUGAGUUUUCCUUAUUGUUUCUGAAAGUUUAAGAAAACUAAUUGUUUUUUCAUUUAUAGUUAUCUCACACAGUUUAAAAUUUAAUCAUACAUUGCUAAUCGUAUUUCUGAUCACAUGGAAAAAGAAUUAUGUUGUUGCGUUUAAUACACCUCAAUGAAACAAUUAUGAAACCAUCUGAAAUUUUCAUUCGAAAUACAUUCACCAGUCAGCUAUAAAAUUGUGUAUAAAAUAGAAAUACAUGUAAAUAUAGGAUAACCCGUAAUUACAGCAAAUCGUUAUCAUUGGCAUCGCGUUACUGUGAAUUUUCCAUUCGCAAAUCUCGUUUAGAUAAAACAAUAAUUACAAUAAAUGUGGCUUUGAGUCCUAUUGUGACAUCGGAUAUGUUAUUACUGUAAGUUACGCUUGAUAAAAUCACGAAACUAUACACAUGUGCUAAGUCCGGCACCAGUGUGACAAAAUGUACAAUAUUGCAUUAUUUGAGAAACCGCCGGAAGCCAACAUAGUUUAAUAGUUAUUAACAACAAAAAACAAACAAGAGCUUAGCUACACUACAUUGCAUCUUAAGAAAGGGAAAAUCUCUCAAAACUAACCCAACCGACAUAAUGAAAUAUUAUUGGCAUCGAUGUAAUUGGUCAGUUUUUCGUCUAAAUUUUGCGCUAAUAUCGGUGAUGUCAAUGCUUUUCCUCAGCUAAUAUAUAAACACUUAUACCUACUACUAGGACAAGAUGUUAGUUGUUCUCCCUCUUGUCCCUCACUACCGUUAAUACUAAGCUGUAUAAUUACCAGUAAUUAGAUACGAAUCGAACAAAAACUAAUUAGUCCUACAACUACUAAGAUGAACCAUCAAAGAGGAACCACUAGACUUUGAGUUACUGUUUUUGAUUUUCGGUUGGCUCCGUUCAUUCAUUGGAUAACGAAAAGACAUCCAAAAAGUUGUAAACAAACGCCAAAGAAGUACUUAAGUUGUACAGCGAGCAAAAUUAAAAAAAACGAGUGUGAAAGCAAGGGAUUUCUUUAACGGUAGUCAGGUUUUUUGUAUCAUAUUGUAAUAAGAGACAAA